AGUGCAGCCGGAGGCGGCGGUCUGUUCUCCGCUGAGGAGGAGCGGGGCAGAGGAGGGAGGCAGCGGGUGAGAGUUCAGAGUUCAGCAGCAGCAGCCCGAGCCCAUGAUUCCCAUAUGCCCUGUAGUUUCUUUCACCUAUGUGCCCAGCCGGCUGGGGGAAGAUGCCAAAAUGGCGACCGGCAACUACUUUGGAUUCACCCACAGCGGGGCGGCGGCGGCGGCGGCUGCGGCCCAGUAUAGCCAGCAGCCAGCUUCGGGUGUAGCCUAUUCUCAUCCAACUACAGUUGCUAGCUACACUGUCCAUCAGGCUCCAGUGGCUGCUCACACAGUUACUGCUGCUUAUGCACCAGCAGCCGCCACAGUUGCAGUUGCCAGGCCUGCUCCAGUAGCUGUGGCAGCUGCUGCAACAGCUGCUGCUUACGGAGGCUACCCUACUGCGCACACAGCAACUGACUAUGGUUAUACCCAGAGGCAGCAAGAAGCACCACCACCGCCACCUCCAGCUACUACACAAAACUACCAGGACUCAUACUCGUAUGUAAGAUCCACAGCUCCUGCUGUAGCUUAUGAUAGUAAGCAGUACUACCAACAACCAACAGCAACUGCUGCUGCUGUAGCUGCUGCUGCCCAGCCUCAGCCUUCUGUUGCUGAAACCUACUAUCAAACAGCCCCCAAAGCAGGUUAUAGCCAAGGUGCAACUCAGUAUACUCAAGCCCAGCAAACUCGACAAGUGACAGCCAUAAAACCAGCCACACCAAGUCCAGCUACCACUACUUUCUCCAUUUAUCCUGUAUCCUCCACCGUACAGCCAGUAGCAGCUGCGGCUACUGUGGUGCCAUCCUAUACUCAGAGUGCUACUUAUAGUACCACAGCAGUUACUUAUUCUGGUACGUCUUAUUCAGGUUAUGAAGCAGCAGUGUAUUCAGCUGCAUCUUCGUACUAUCAACAGCAGCAGCAGCAACAGAAACAGGCGGCAGCAGCAGCUGCUGCUGCUGCUGCUACAGCUGCCUGGACAGGGACCACCUUUACUAAAAAAGCACCAUUCCAAAAUAAACAACUGAAACCAAAACAGCCUCCCAAACCACCCCAGAUUCACUAUUGUGACGUUUGUAAGAUCAGCUGUGCUGGACCACAGACUUAUAAAGAACAUUUAGAAGGACAGAAACAUAAAAAAAAAGAAGCUGCAUUGAAAGCCUCACAAAAUACCAGCAGCAGCAACAACUCUACUCGUGGGACUCAAAAUCAGCUACGUUGUGAGCUCUGUGAUGUGUCUUGUACAGGAGCAGAUGCAUAUGCUGCCCACAUUCGUGGUGCUAAGCAUCAGAAAGUGGUUAAAUUACACACAAAACUUGGUAAGCCCAUUCCUUCAACAGAACCAAACGUUGUUAGCCAAGCUACGUCUUCAACAGCUGUAUCUGCUUCAAAACCAACUGCCUCUCCUUCAAGCAUUGCAGCAAGCAAUUGUACUGUGAAUACUUCAUCAAUUGCAACUUCUUCAGUGAAGGGUCUUACGACUACAGGAAAUUCGUCUCUUAAUAGCACAUCUAACACUAAAGUAUCAGCAGUGCCUACAAAUAUGGCUGCCAAGAAAACAUCUACCCCCAAAAUAAACUUUGUUGGUGGCAAUAAGCUGCAGUCGACAGGAAAUAAAUCAGACGACUUAAAAGGAACUGAAUGUGUUAAAAGUACUCCUGUUACUUCUUCCGUCCAAAUUCCAGAAGUAAAGCCAGACACAGUGUCAGAACCAGUCACACCUACAUCUCUUGCUGCUUUGCAGAGUGAUGUGCAGCCAGUGGGCCAUGAUUAUGUGGAGGAGGUACGAAAUGAUGAAGGAAAAGUAAUUCGCUUCCAUUGUAAACUAUGUGAGUGCAGCUUUAAUGAUCCCAAUGCGAAGGAGAUGCAUUUAAAAGGGCGAAGACACAGACUUCAAUAUAAAAAAAAAGUAAAUCCAGAUUUGCAAGUGGAAGUAAAGCCUAGUAUUCGAGCCAGAAAAAUUCAAGAAGAGAAAAUGAGAAAGCAAAUGCAGAAGGAAGAGUAUUGGCGAAGACGAGAGGAAGAGGAACGCUGGAGAAUGGAAAUGAGACGUUAUGAAGAGGACAUGUACUGGAGAAGAAUGGAGGAGGAACAACAUCAUUGGGAUGAUCGCCGCCGAAUGCCCGAUGGAGGCUAUCCUCAUGGUCCUCCAGGCCCAUUAGGCCUUCUUGGAGUCCGACCAGGCAUGCCUCCACAGCCACAGGGACCUGCGCCCUUGCGCCGUCCUGACUCAUCUGAUGACCGUUAUGUAAUGACAAAACAUGCAACCAUUUAUCCAACUGAAGAGGAAUUACAGGCAGUUCAGAAAAUUGUUUCUAUCACUGAACGUGCUCUAAAACUUGUUUCAGACAGUUUGUCUGAACAUGAGAAGAGUAAGAGCAAAGACGGAGAUGAUAAGAAAGAGGGAGGUAAAGAGAGAGCUUUGAAAGGAGUUUUGCGAGUGGGAGUAUUGGCAAAAGGAUUACUUCUCCGAGGAGAUAGAAAUGUCAACCUUGUUUUGUUGUGCUCAGAGAAACCGUCAAAGACAUUAUUAAGUCGUAUUGCAGAAAACCUACCCAAGCAGCUUGCUGUUAUAAGCCCUGAGAAGUAUGACAUAAAAUGUGCGGUAUCUGAAGCAGCAAUAAUUUUGAAUUCAUGUGUGGAACCCAAAAUGCAAGUCACUAUCACCCUGACAUCUCCAAUUAUUCGAGAAGAGAACAUGAGGGAAGGAGAUGUAACCUCGGGUAUGGUGAAAGACCCACCGGACGUCUUGGACAGGCAAAAAUGCCUUGACGCUCUGGCUGCUCUACGCCACGCUAAGUGGUUCCAGGCUAGAGCUAAUGGUCUGCAGUCCUGUGUGAUUAUCAUACGUAUUCUUCGAGACCUCUGUCAGCGAGUUCCAACUUGGUCUGAUUUUCCAAGCUGGGUAAGUAGUAUGUAGCUAUAUAGUA